AUGCGAUGGGCAACUUAUCUUUCUCCUCAAACACAAAAUGAGCUGAUUAAAGUCAUGGGAAACCACAUUCUCUUACAGAGAAUAAUAGAUGAUUUGACAGCUGCGCCCUUUUACGCCAUCCUUGCUGACCAGGUAACUUCGCAUAACGUUGAGCAUCUUGCCAUCUGCGCCAGGUUUGUUGACAGAAGUACUAAAGAGGUCAGAGAAGAGUUUUUAACGUUUUUGAAGUUGGACAGAAUUACUGGGGAGCGGAUUGCAGAUGGUAUCUUUGGCUUUCUAAAAGAGAAUAACAUAUCACUCGCUACUAUGCGUGGUCAGGGCUACGACGGCGCCAGCAACAUGUCUUCAGAUCGAGUGGGUGUCCAGGCCAGGAUUAGACAUAAAGCUCCUUUAGCCACCUACGUACACUGCAGUGGCCACUGCCUUAACCUUGUGAUAAGCAAGUCAUGUGCUCUUCCUGAAGUACGUAAUGUGAUCGAUUGCGUUAAAAAAUGCAGCCGUUUCUUUCUCAAUAGUCCAAAGAGAAGUGGUGUUCUAGAGAAGAUCAUCAAGCACAAUGUGGUCAGUGAAGAGAGGAGGAAACCACUGAUCGAUCUGUGCAAGACGCGAUGGGCUGAGCGGCAUUCGGCUUAUCGGCACUCCUACCAAGGGUACGUAUUUGUGGUUGAAGCUCUAGAGAUGAUAGCUUUCCGCUAUCACUUGGAGAAAUAUGGGGCUACGUAUGCUGACUGGGACUAUGCAGACCGCAGUGAAGCACAGCAGAUUCUGGCAAGUGUUACUUCCUUUCAGUUGUUGUUGUGUUUGUGA